GAAAAAAAAGAAAAAACCUUUGUUCACCAACUCUCUUUAUAAACCCUCAAAACACUCCGACUCUCACUCAAACGCGUACAAAUUUUUCUCUCACAAAAUCUAGACCCUCAUUUCUCAUACAUUUUCCGCCAACAAAAAAAAAAAAGAAAAGAAAAACCUUUUCACUUUCGCAACACAAAGACCAAAAAUUUAGAAGAAGAAACAACCAAACACCGUCCUCAUCAUGUGUGGAGGAGCUAUAAUCUCCGACUUCAUAGCGCCGGUCGGGCCUCGGGGGCUCACGGCGGACUUUCUCUGGGGAGAUCGGAAAAAGCCCACCUCGGGAAGGAGGUUCUCGAAGCCUGUCGUUGACAUUGACGACGAUUUCGAGCAAGAUUUCCAGGGCUUCAAGGACGAUGACGAGUCAGAUAUCGAUGAGGAAGAGGAGGUCCUCGUGCAAGAUGUCAAGCCCUUUGCUUUCUCUGCUCCUCGUUCCUCUGGAUCUAAGCCUGUAAAAUCUGUGGAAUUCAAUGGGCAAGCUGAAAAAUCUGCCAAGAGAAAGAGGAAAAAUCAGUAUCGUGGAAUCCGGCAGCGCCCAUGGGGUAAGUGGGCUGCUGAGAUUCGAGACCCAAGGAAAGGGGUUCGUGUCUGGCUUGGAACUUUUAACACUGCAGAAGAAGCUGCAAGAGCUUAUGAUGCCGAGGCGCGGAGAAUUCGUGGCAAGAAAGCUAAGGUGAAUUUCCCUGAUGAGACUCCUCGUGCUUCUCCAAAGCGUUCAGUUAAGGCAAAUCUGCAGAAACCACUUGCCAAGGCAAACCUGAACUCUGUCCAGCCCAACCUGAACCAAAAUUUUAAUUUUGUGAACAACUCUGAUCAGGACUUUACCAUGGGUUUAAUGGAAGAGAAACCUUUUACCAACCAGUAUGGGUAUAUGGAUUCCAUCCCUGUUAAUGCAGACGUCGGCCUCAAGCCAUUUGCUUCCCCUAAUACGGCCCCAGUGUACUUUAGUUCAGAUCAGGGGAGUAACUCGUUUGAUUGUUCUGACUAUGGAUUUGGAGAACAGGGUCCUAAGACUCCAGAAAUCUCAUCUGUUUUUUCAUCCAGUGUAGAAGGGGAUAAUACUCAGUUCCUGGAGGAUGCUAACCCCCCAAAGAAACUGAAAUCUGACUCUGGGAAUGCAGUUUUUGUUGAAGAUAACGCUGCAAAGACACUGUCUGAGGAGCUAUCAGCUUUUGAGAACUCGGACUUCCAGAUGCCAUAUCUCGAGGGAAGCUGGGAUGAAUCCAUUGAGGCAUUGUUCAGUGGGGACACGACUCAGGAUGGUAACUCGAUGGAUCUUUGGAGCUUCGAUGACCUCUCUGUUAUUGUUGGGGGAGAUUUCUGAGCAAGCUUUUCCCAUGCUUGCUAGUUUAUGUAAAUAAGGCUACAUGUUAGUGAGUUUCAUCCUUUUGCAAGCUUCUUUAUUGACUUGUUUUCUUGUUCCCUCUCAUUUGUUGCUUGUUUUUACUAUAUUGUCUUUCUGAAAAGAGUUGUUGCUCUCGAUUUUACUGCUUACAGGAAUGGUUGUAAUCUGAUGGACUGGGGUUACAAACAACAUGAACUUGCUUAAGGCUUUUAUGGAGAUUGUACUGAAGUAGUACUGUUGUAUGGGGAGUACAUAGGUAUUUAGGUUACUUUCUACCUUGAAGACCUUGAAUUUGGGAUUUUGAAUUUUAUCUUUUUGUAUUAAUGAUGAUGUGUAGUCUGUGAUAAAAAUGACUAAAACCUGAUGAAUGUCAACUUUGGUGUUUGUUUGCA